GGCCCCACCUCCCGCCGUAGCGUCACGGGACGCCCCUCCCCACCCGAGCGCGCCGCGUAUAAAUUCCCAACCCCUCGGCUCCUCCUCAUCCAUCCAAUCCCCAAACCAACACGGAGAAAAUCUUCCGAGCGAUCGAAGCGAAGCCUCUCCCAAUUUCUCAAGAUGCAGAUCUUCGUCAAGACCCUCACUGGCAAGACCAUCACGCUAGAGGUCGAGUCCUCGGACACGAUCGACAACGUGAAGGCCAAGAUCCAGGACAAGGAGGGCAUCCCCCCGGACCAGCAGCGUCUCAUUUUCGCCGGCAAGCAACUUGAGGACGGCCGUACCCUUGCUGACUACAACAUCCAGAAGGAGUCCACCCUCCACCUGGUGCUCCGCCUUCGUGGUGGAAUGCAGAUCUUCGUCAAGACCCUCACUGGCAAGACCAUCACUCUUGAGGUCGAGUCAUCUGACACGAUUGACAACGUGAAGGCCAAGAUCCAGGACAAGGAGGGCAUCCCCCCGGACCAGCAGCGUCUCAUCUUCGCUGGCAAGCAGCUCGAGGACGGCCGCACCCUCGCCGACUACAACAUUCAGAAAGAGUCCACCCUCCACCUGGUGCUCCGCCUUCGUGGUGGAAUGCAGAUCUUCGUCAAGACCCUCACUGGCAAGACCAUCACUCUUGAAGUCGAGUCAUCUGACACGAUUGACAACGUGAAGGCCAAGAUCCAGGACAAGGAGGGCAUCCCUCCGGACCAGCAGCGUCUCAUCUUCGCUGGCAAGCAGCUCGAGGAUGGUCGCACCCUCGCUGACUACAACAUUCAGAAAGAGUCCACCCUCCACCUGGUGCUCAGGCUCAGGGGUGGCAUGCAGAUCUUCGUUAAGACCCUCACCGGCAAGACCAUCACUCUGGAGGUCGAGUCCUCUGACACAAUCGACAACGUCAAGGCCAAGAUCCAGGACAAGGAGGGUAUCCCCCCGGACCAGCAGCGUCUCAUCUUCGCUGGCAAGCAGCUCGAGGAUGGCCGCACCCUGGCAGACUACAACAUCCAGAAGGAGUCCACCCUUCAUCUUGUGCUCCGCUUGCGUGGUGGUAUGCAGAUCUUUGUCAAGACCCUUACCGGCAAGACCAUCACCCUGGAGGUUGAGUCUUCUGACACCAUCGACAACGUUAAGGCGAAGAUCCAGGACAAGGAAGGCAUCCCCCCAGACCAGCAGCGUCUGAUCUUUGCCGGCAAGCAGCUGGAGGAUGGCCGCACUCUGGCGGACUAUAACAUCCAGAAGGAGUCCACCCUCCACCUGGUGCUCCGUCUCCGUGGUGGCCAGUAAGUCCUGGGCCACGUAGCUGCUGUCGUCCCUGGGUUCACAAGUCUGGUGCCUCCGGCGUCUCUCCAAUGGUGUUGUCAGUGUCAUUGUCGGUGUCUGUGUCUGGUCCGUGUCCUAGUCGAACCUUGUCUGUGCUUGUUCGCCUGUCCGAUGUGAGACCUAUGUCCUCUGGUUGUGUUCGUGAACUUGGUUGAACUAUGAAUAAGUGAACCUUGAGCUCCGUGUGCAUUCUGUUUC